ACAUGUUUUCUAAGGGCACGCGCGACUCAACACGAGUGGGCGACUCAGUUCACUUGGUUGCUUUCGAUCUCUGGCCUAGCGACAAGUGUUUUCAGACAAAUAUUGAUUCUAAUUAUGACCUCGCUCGUGCGUUGGGGUACUUUGGUGAUCGACUCCGGCGCGUUCCGAUACUGUGUUUACUUUCAGGUUACGUCGCCACCGUGCUAAACCGAAGACCAGCCGAACUGAGACGAAUCCGUCGCUUUGUUCUACUUUGAACACAAGGGGUGCCCUCCGACAUCUGCUGCUGAAGACCACCGAUAUUUGUCGUCGGCACGCGGGAGUAGUGUAGCGAGCCGACGCGCGCGCGUGUGCGCGAGCAUACUGGCCACACCCCUUCAUGAAUAAUUCAUCACCCUCCCGGAGACCGGAGGCGACGAGUGCCAGAGAGGCUUCCUCGACGUCAAGCGGUAGCCUUUGCCGGUAGGGAGGCUUUCGGCGUUGUACUAUCGCCACUCCGUUCUUGACAAGGACAUGAAAAUACCCGGCCAUGACCGGGGCGUGGAAGUCUUGCUCCGGCACGACGGCUACGCGGGCUUCCGCUGCUUUAUUUACGGGAGAGCACACGUCGAGGGCUUGAUAUCGCCCCGACCGUGACCCACCUAUCAUCUGCCAUUCAUGACGCCAUUUGUACCUCCGUUCAGUUGAAGACAAAUACGCAGGUAACUACUCGCGGAAGUCCAUCGUGAGCAAUCAUGUUCCGAAACAGCCUGAAGAUGCUGCUGGGAAGCAAAAGCCGCAGGAACAAUGGCGGCGGCGACGGCGUUGAGUCCGCAAGCUCAGAGAUGAAACCGAGCGAAGGAUUUAGUCGUUCCCUUCCCUCCUCUCCUCUGAACCUUCGUCAGGCCAAAAGAACGGCCGCAGGCGAAGAGGAAGAUUUCGGCCCCCCUCCCUCCGUAGAUGAGGCGGCCGACGCGCUGAUGACCAGACUGGGCUUUUUAUUGGGAGAAAAGAUCCUUCGCAAAGAACCUGGCUCACCUCACCACGCCCAAGUGGAUGGACAGAGGAUCUCGCCUUCCUCCAGUUUGGACAGCAGCAACCCCUCCCCCUCAUCCACACUACAGCCCCCUGCUGGCGUGGAGGGUAACGACGACAACAAACCAUCCGUCUGCGCCUCUGUCACCUCUCCCACAUCGACUCUGGAGAGCAGAGAUAGUGGCAUCAUAGCUACGCUGACCAGCUAUUCGGCCGACUCGGCGGCAGAGCGCGAGGACAACGCCCAGCGCCCCGGCGACGGUUACCGAGGAAGCAGCCUCCAACGAUGGCGGCCGCAGGGGUGGCCGGUGGCGUCGUCGACUUCCUCUUCCUGUAUGAUAGCGGCGGGAAGCUCCGACGAUGACUUUGUCUACGGGGCGGAGGACGGCGUGUCUUCCGCGUACAGCCUGAACCGACUCCACCCGGAAUGGGGGCCAGACUCAAAGCACUUGUCCGGAUCCACCCGCUCCAUCCCGCUCUACCUGAUGCCUCGCCCCAACUCCGUUGCUGCCACCAGUGGGGCUCAACUCGAAGAUCUGGCCUACCUCGACGAACGGCAAAGGUGCCCCCCUUCCAGGGCGUCCCUCAGAAUGCCUCGACCGAAUUGCGCAAGUCGACAAGAAAAGCGGGGUGAGGACAUCCGACGCGCCGGGGCCAUAUUUACAAGUCGCUCCGCGAGCGUCCGCAACGCUUUUCUUGCCCUCUCCGCAGUUGAGCUGAGUCCCUACCCGAGCCCGAAGCCCCUCCCUUUCCACAUUCCCGGGCUGCCGUCCGACCGCGACUUUACCGGGAGGGAGUGGCUCUUCCAGGAAGUGGCCCAGCGUCUCUCCGGCGACGACCCGCUCGUCAAUCGAGGGGUGUUGAUCGUCGGAAGCGCGGGUUUCGGCAAGACGGCCGUCAUCGCCCGGCUGGCGGCGCUGAGUUGUCACGGCGACCGGAUGCGCUCGACAUCCUCUGCUCUCCAGACGCCGCCCGAAAACGCGGAAUCGGCCCCCUGCGAUUCGCUGGGACGAGGGGGGGCAGAUGAAGGAGGAGGGGGGAGCCGUCCAGGGACUCCGGAGAUCAAAAGGAGACAGCGGGAGGCCGCGCUGAGGCUGGCGGGACAGGUGGUUUCUUAUCACUUCUGUCAGGCCGACGACUGCCGCACAUGUUUGGUGCCGGAGUUCGUCCACAACAUGGCGGCGCUGUUGAGCGAAGCCCCGCGCCUGUCGGCGUACCGAGAGCUGCUGAAGGCAUGGCCGCCACUUCAGAGCUCGCUCAGCCUGCGGUCCUGCAUCCGAGACCCCGCCUCCGCCCUCCGAGAAGGAAUUCUCCAACCGCUGGAGGUUCUUCACAAGGAGAGGAGGUUGCACGUGGAGGGGGCGGGGCUCCUUCUACUGAUCGAUGGGCUCAACGAGGCGGAGUUCCAUCGGCCGGACUACGGCGACACGCUGGCCUCCUUCCUGUCCCGGAACAUCCACAAAUUCCCUCCGUGGUUGAAGAUCAUCGCCACCGUCAGGACCGAUCAGCAGGACGUGGCUCGGUCUUUGCCGUUUCACCGCAUCUCUUUAGACGGGAUGGAAGAAAACGCGGCCAUAGACGGAGACCUGCAGGCGUACAUGUUGCAACGCAUCCACAGCAGCCGUGAGAUUCGGAGCAACGUGGCGCUCGGCAACGCUCGCCUGGACAACGCGGCCCUGACGAAGCUGAUUAGCCACCUGAAGGCCCUGAGCAAAGGCUCCUACCUCUACCUGAAACUCACCCUGGACUUGAUCGAGGGAGGAUCCCUGGUCCUGAAAAGUUCCAGCUUCAAGGUGGUUCCGGUCAGCCUGGCCGAGGUCUACCUGCUGCAACUCAACAUGCGCUUUCCCACGCGCUCGUCUUUCCUGAGAGUCGUCCCGCUGCUCAAUGUAACCGUGGCGACGCUGCGCCCGCUGACCGAUCGACAGCUUUUUGAGGUGAUCAAUGCCGGCGCUCUGAGCGGCGGGGCCAUGCAGUGGGCCGAGUUCUCGCGGCGUCUGGAGCAGCUGUCGCCUUUCCUGGCGCGGCGGGCCGACGGCGGCAGGAUGCUCAAGCACGCCUCCUUCCGAGAAUGGCUGGUGUGGCGCGACCAAGGGCAGGACCACAGGUUCCUCUGCGAGCCCAGGAGCGGUCACACGCUGCUGGCUUUCUGGCUCUGCAGACAGGGAGGGAAGCUGAGCCCACAGCAGAGCCUUGAACUGGGACAUCACAUCUUAAAGGCUCACAUCUACAAAGGCUUGAGUAAGAAGCUGGGCGUUUCCUCCUCCAUUCUGCAGGGCUUGUGGAUGUCUUACAGCACGGAGAGCUUGAAUCACGCUCUCUCCUCCUUGCGGAACCUUUACACCCCCAACAUCAAGGUGAGCAGAUUACUGAUUUUAAGCGGGGCGGACGUGGAUCAUCGCAGCGGUGUCCUCAAUAACGCCCCCCUGCUGUGCGUCCACGCUCAUUUGGGCCACGCCGAUGCCGUAGCCCUUUUGCUUGACCACGGAGCUCAGGUGGAUAUUCAGUCACAAGAUGGGCUGACGGCACUGGGCUUCGCCGCUUCUGCCGGACAUCUGGACGUCGUCACCUUGCUUAGUCAGCAUCAUGCCAAGGUGGGUCACGUCGACGGCUCGGGUCGCUGCGUGGCCGUGCACGCAGCCGAGCGGGGCCACCUGCGCGUGCUGCGUUUCCUUCUGAAGCACGCCGACUGGAGCUGCGGCGCCUGCUGCGGCCCCAGGGGGCCCGGCAGGAGCCAGGCCUUGCAGCAAGCGCUGACCGCGGCGGCCGGCAUGGGUCACGCCGAGAUUGUGUCUUAUCUGCUGGAGGGAGAUGACAACGAGGAGGAGAGACCCGGGAUCAACAUGGCCGACAGCCUGCGGGGAGAGACGGCUCUGAUGGCGGCGGCGGGAGGCGGCAGGUUGUCGGUCUGCGAGCUGCUGUUGGCUCGAGGCGGCGGGCCGGGCGUCUUGCCGCUGUUCUGCGCGGUCAGGCGGGGCCAUUGGCAGGUGGCGGAGCUGUUGCUGACUCACGGGGCGCAGGUGGACGCGGCCGACCGGCAGGGCCGCACGCCUUUGAUGACGGCGGCUGCGGAAGGUCACGUGACCGCCGCCAAAUUGCUGCUGGAUCACGGCGCCUCUCCGGAUCAGGCCGACAGGGAAGGCUUAACGGCGCUGAGCUGGGCGUGUCUGAAAGGCCGGCUGCCGUUGGUCCGAGAGCUGCUGGCCAGAGGCGCCGCCGCCACGCAUAGCGACCGCGGCGGUCGCACGCCUUUGGAUCUGGCCGCGUUCGGCGGCGAUCCCGAAGUGGUGAAGCAUCUGGUGGAUCACGGCGCGGCGGUAGAACACGUGGAUUCCAGCGGGAUGCGGCCGCUGGACCGAGCCGUCGGCUGCAGGAACACGUCGGCCGUCGUCGCCCUGCUCAAAAAAGGAGCCCAAAUAGGACCGGCAACCUGGGCCAUGGCGACAUCCAAACCCGACAUUUUAAUGGUGCUCAUCAGUAAAUUAGUCCAAGAGGGGGACCAACUGUACAAGCAAGGUCAAGUGAGAGAAGCGGCGCACGCCUAUCAGGCUGCACUCCAGAAGUUUCCGGCGGACGAGCCAAAGACGUUCAGGCAGCUGCGAGUGUGCGUGCUCCUCAACCUGUCGCGUUGUCGCCGCAAAAUGAACGAUUUCGGCCUGGCGGAGGAGUUGGCCACCAGGGCUUUGGAGCUCAAAGACCAAUCGUAUGAGGCCUUCUACGCCAGAGCCCGCGCCAAGCGCGGUCGCCGAGAGUUUGGCGCAGCCCUGGAAGACCUGCUGGAAGCCAGCCGCCUGUCUCCUUCCAACCGGGAGAUUCAACGGCUCCUGUCUCGGGUCAAGGAGGAGUGUCGGCAGCACGCGCCGCCACCGGACGCUUGCGCUCCCGCCGCGCGGAACGUCCUGCCCGACCACAACGCCAGGUCCGGAGCUUCGGAUUACCUGCGGGUUCACGCCAACGAGGCGCCGUUGCCUCCGAGUCGGCACGCGCACGGCCCCGAGACGAGCCCCGCCCAUUCGCCCUCCUCGUCUCCCUACCGCCGCCCGAGCCCCGCGACCUCGCCGCGGCAGGACCCGCGGCCCGGCAGCCCCGCGCCGCAGCGCAAGUUGUACCUCGCCGACCCGCGCCGGGCAACGGAGCCGCACGAGCGGCAGUCGAGGUCUCUUCACGAGCAAAAGCAGCGGCCGCAACCGCCCGCAGUCCAGACCGGUUCGGCGGUUCAGUCGAGCGCGCUUUCGGGUCCUUCCGCCUACUCGCAGUUUGCCCGCCUGCCGCAAGAACUCGCCCAACUCGGAGAGGGCGUCUGGCCGAGCCCCUUUGAUAUGAAAGCCAGCCAGCGGGUGCUCGCGGGCGUGGGGGGCGGAGCUCCGUGUCUCGGAGAGAGCGCGGAUGCAGACCCGCUUUACCCGCCCAAACCCGCCACGGGUCGCUUUGGCCAGUACAGCCGCAACCAAUCCAAAGCCGCCCAUUACCCCGUGGAAGUGACGGAAAUGGCCAAAGCGCCGGCCGACGACCAGCGCUACCUUCACCGGGCGGCCCCGCGACAGCCGACCUCCCCCCCCGCCCUUCCCCACAGACCCGUCGUCCGCUUCUCCGCGAGCAGCGGCAGCCUCGUGGGCGGGCAGCGGGCCAACCGGGGUCCGGCUUUCGGGACGCCGGCCCUCCCCCGGCCCGCGGACCGGGCUCCGCGCGCGGCUCCCCCGGACCAUCCGGCGCCCGCCCCCCCGCCCCGGACGGAGCGCGCGGUCGGAGGCGGCACGUAUCCCGGAGAGGCCGGCCGCUCGUCGUCGAGGAACGCGCCGCCCUACGCGGGUCUCGGCGACGAGUCUGCAAGAGCGCGGCUGCGAGCCCCGCCCGCUCCCCCGCCCGGCCUGGGCCCCUCCCGGUCGUGGGCCGUGUCCUCGGUGGACACCGUCGUCACGCCGCCGGACAAGCAAUGCGCCGAGCCGGGCCUGUCGCAGCCGGCCUUCCUCAUCGCCCGUCACAACCGCAGCAACAACAACGGCCACUGCGAGGCGCUGCCGCCCUCCUACCGCAUGUUGCCGGGCGAGGAUCCUCCUGGCGUGGGCGGCCGGAAGCCGACUUACGUCGAGGCCAAGCUCACGCGGACGCUGCCGCUCAAUAGAAAGACGCGUCCCGCCUCUCCCGUCAAAGCCAAAAGACCCUUUGUGGAGUCCAAUGUCUAGAGACGGCGAGCGCUGAGGCUCAAGGAAGGCCGUGACCACCACCGAUAAGUGUCGAAACCCAUCCGGGGGAGGGGGGGGGGGCUCCGUCGCCGACGCGCUUCGAGAGCCGCCCGUUGCAACGAGCUAGCCGUCGACUUAUCGUCCGAGCACGAGGAGCAGCGAACUGCUCUCCUCCAAAUGGACGGCAAAAUAUCACAUUUGGUCUUGAAACCAUUGGGAGACUCGUUCUUGAUGCCGCUGAGCCUGCGCAGGAUCACAAGCCCGACUUCUUUCCGUUCCUUGCUUUGAAGUUUGCUGCUUUUUGUGAUGACAAAUGUUUGCCCAUUUCUUUGUGUGUGUUUGUGACAAACGAGACUUCUGACCUCUCCAUCUCUCCUGCAAUGGUUCGCGACGCGUUCAGCCGUCGGCGGCCGUGAUUUGGGCAACUUGGAAUUUGAAGAACAUAGGACCUCAAUUGGAUGUAUGAAAAGCCGUCAAUAAAGGUCCCUUGCCACCUCGCCCAAGCGCGUUCCUCUGC